AUGCGUGAUGAUUUGGCUAGGCAAGGCCGAUGCAAUGACCACGAAGUCAGCCGGGCACUAGGCAGCCUACAACGUGAAAGCACCUUUAUGGACCAGUCUAUGGCCCCUUCAAACAGUACUACAGAUAUUGCCAAUACUAUUCUUUACCAACAAAAACAAGCCCUUGCUAUUCUUUUCCGACGGAAAUGGUUCAAUAGGGUGUGGACUUUGCAAGAGGUCCUAUUAGCAACGAACACAAAAUGCCUCUGCGGACCUCAUGAACUCGAUAUCGGAACUGCCUGUAUGGUUGCGGCUCUAUUAGUCAGAAGUGUAUCGAGUAACCGUGCGACUUCUGAUAUGUCAGGAGGCUUUGGUGAGCUUUCAAUCGGUCAAUUAGGCGGUGCGGCAUGUAUUUCAGCUUGGCUAGGUUUGACCUGGUCAGGAUCUGGCUUCGGCUCGAGAGCACUACUCAGAUAUCCGAAGAUCGAUUUAAAAGAGGAAAUCCCACGGAAAUUGAAGUGGUUGGUUGCGCUGGAGCUGUUAGUCCAUGAGUCACGUCAACGGAGCUGCAGCAAACUGGAGGACAAAGUACUUGCGCCCCUGGCUUUUGCUCUACGUGAAAAUUUUGCUCCAAACAACCCAGAUUUUCUGUCUUUGGCGACCGAGGCCCGUAGGAUAAUUGGCUAUAGAUUUCCCAUAACAGAACUGUAUUCUAAGUUCACACGGUUCAUGCUUCACUCCAUGGGUAACCUCGACAUUCUCUCACGGACUCAUAGAGAUGUCAUACCAACCGACACAACUGAAGAGCUCAAAUUGCCCUCUUGGGUGCCCCAAUUUCACCAAGCAGGGAUGACAUCUCUGAUAGAUGAUUUGUUCUUCACUCAAUAUAAUGCCGCAGAACAUCUAGGCCCAUACAGCGAAUUUGAGCAUGGCUCAAGUAAGAUGUUAGAGUUACCAGUGUGA